CGGCUUCGAUGCCUCUGAUUUGAGAGAGAUUAAUAAAUGACUCAAAUAUUUUUAAUUAAGUACGCGUUGAAUCUGGCAACAAAAACAUAGCUGUCUGUUGGCUUUGUCGUCUUAAGUCUUAACUAAUACCCAACCUCUCCACUCUCUCUCCUCUUUAAUUGUUUUUUUUUCUUCAACUCUCUCUCUCUCUAACUCUGUCUACUCUUCUCCGAAACUCACCGAGUUCAUCGACAAGGGUUCUUCACCAACUCUUUAAGAUCAAGAUUCAAGAAAAUCGAUGGAGGGACGAUGCCGUCUCUCCCUUUUGUCUCUUCUUCUUCUUCUCUUAUCUGCAACUACUUUAACCUCAGCUGCUGAUUACUCUCCCACCGACAACUUCCUCUUGAACUGUGGUGGUUCUUCUGAUCUACCCGACACAGACAACCGUACAUGGAUUCCCGAUGUCAAAUCCAAGUUCUUGUCUUCCUCCGCAGACUCCAAAACCUCUCCCGCCGCCACACAAGACCCUUCCGUCCCCGAUGUCCCUUACAUGACAGCUAGGAUCUUCCGAUCUCCCUUCACUUACUCUUUCCCUGUAUCAUCAGGUCGCAAGUUCGUGCGUCUCCACUUCUACCCCAACUCAUACGACGGUCUCAACGCCACGAACUCCCUCUUCUCCGUCUCCCUCGGGUCCUACACCCUCCUCAAGAACUUCAGCGCUGCUCAGAUGGCUCAGGCGUUGACUUUCUCUUUCAUCGUUAAGGAGUUUAUAGUUAACGUUGAAGGCGGAGCAUUAAACGUGACCUUCACGCCAGAGUCAACACCUUCUAACGCCUAUGCGUAUGUGAACGGGAUUGAGGUUACUUCAAUGCCUGAUCUUUACAGCAGCACAGAUGGGUCUUUGACGGUUGUUGGAUCUUCUGGUGGAGUCACCAUCGAUAACAGCACCGCUCUCGAGAAUGUUUAUAGACUCAAUGUUGGAGGGAAUGAUAUCUCUCCUUCUGAUGAUACAGGUCUGUACAGGUCAUGGUACGAUGAUCAGCCUUAUAUCUUUGGUGCGGGUCUUGGAAUCACUGAGACUGCUGAUCCAAACAUGACCAUCGAGUACCCUUCUGGGACGCCUACGUAUGUUGCUCCUGUGGAUGUUUACUCCACUGCUAGGUCGAUGGGGCCAACACCUCAGAUCAAUCUCAACUACAAUCUCACUUGGAUCUUCAGUAUUGACUCCGGGUUUAGUUACCUUGUCAGGCUUCAUUUCUGUGAGGUUGCUCCUAAUAUUACUAAGAUUAACCAGAGGGUGUUUACAGUCUACCUCAACAACCAAACGGCUGAGCCUGAAGCUGAUGUUGCUGGGUGGACGGGAGGACAGGGGAUUCCGUUCCACAAAGAUUACGUAGUGAAUCCUCCGGAUGGUAAGGGACAGCAAGAUCUGUGGCUUGCUCUUCAUCCAAACACGAGGGAGAAGCCGGAGUACUAUGAUGCUCUUCUUAAUGGUGUUGAGAUAUUCAAGAUGAAUACUUCUGAUGGUAAUCUUGCUGGUCCUAAUCCUAUACCUGGUCCACAAGUGACUGCUGAUCCAUCUAAAGUCUUGCGCCCGCGUACUAGUCAAUCCAAGAACCACACGGCUGUUAUUGCAGGUGCAGCUAGUGGUGCAGUUGUUUUGGGACUUAUCGUUGGUUUGUGUGCAAUGAUUGCUUACCGGAGACGUAACCGUGGUGAGUACCAGCCUGCAAGUGAUGCAACAUCAGGUUGGCUUCCACUGUCUCUGUAUGGAAACUCACAUUCUGGUGGCUCUGGAAAGACAAACACAACAGGUAGCUAUGCUUCUUCCCUUCCUUCAAAUCUUUGUCGUCACUUCUCCUUUGCUGAGAUCAAAGCUGCUACUAAGAACUUCGAUGAGUCCCGGGUGCUUGGUGUUGGUGGUUUCGGCAAGGUUUACAGAGGUGAGAUCGAUGGUGGAACUACAAAGGUAGCCAUCAAGAGAGGAAACCCUAUGUCUGAACAAGGAGUACACGAGUUCCAAACCGAGAUUGAAAUGCUUUCGAAGCUUAGACACCGUCACCUUGUGUCUUUGAUCGGUUACUGUGAAGAGAACUGUGAAAUGAUCCUAGUGUAUGAUUACAUGGCUCAUGGGACAAUGAGAGAGCAUCUUUACAAAACACAGAACUCUCCUCUUCCUUGGAAGCAACGUCUUGAGAUAUGCAUCGGUGCAGCUAGAGGGCUACACUAUCUACACACUGGUGCAAAACAUACGAUCAUCCACAGGGAUGUGAAGACGACAAACAUUCUACUUGAUGAGAAAUGGGUGGCUAAGGUCUCUGACUUCGGUCUGUCAAAGACUGGUCCUGCACUGGACCACACACACGUAAGCACGGUCGUGAAAGGAAGUUUCGGUUAUCUUGACCCAGAGUACUUCAGACGGCAGCAACUGACUGAUAAGUCCGAUGUCUACUCCUUUGGAGUUGUUCUCUUUGAAGCCUUAUGCGCACGUCCUGCGUUGAAUCCCACACUGGCCAAAGAACAAGUGAGCUUAGCUGAAUGGGCACCAUACUGCUACAAGAAAGGCAUGCUUGAUCAGAUCGUUGACCCUCAUCUAAAAGGCAAGAUCACACCUGAAUGCUUCAAGAAGUUUGCUGAAACCGCGAUGAAGUGUGUGCUAGACCAGGGCAUUGAGAGACCGUCGAUGGGAGAUGUCCUGUGGAACCUGGAGUUCGCGUUGCAGCUUCAGGAAAGCGCAGAGGAGAGCGGGAAAGGAAUAUGCAGUGAGAUGGACAUGGAUGAGAUCAAGUACGAUGAUGACAACUGUAAAGGGAAGAAUAACAGCGAGAAAGGCUGUGAUGUGUAUGAAGGGAACGUGACAGACUCGAGGAGCAGUGGAAUAGACAUGAGCAUAGGUGGUCGGAGUUUGGCAAGUGAAGAUUCAGAUGGACUCACUCCAAGUGGUGUGUUUUCUCAGAUCAUGAAUCCUAAGGGACGUUAGAGAGAGUCUUAACCGGCUCCAUCCAAAGGAGACUGGUUCGUCUCUCUUUCUAUUUUUUUCAUUGUUAACUAUUCAUUAUUACUGUUCUAUUUGCUGUUAUUUGUUUUAGAAUUUUGGAUUGUGUAUUUGAUACUACUACUACUACCACGAUGGAGUGUAAAAGAUAACUGUAUUCUUUUGUUUUUUUUUAACAAAACAUUAAACAUGAAUCCUUUCAGUGUAAUAUUUGGUUUGUCAUCUGUAAUGCUUUUGUAGUAGGUGCAACCGUUAGAAACCAUUAGAUAGUCUAAAUAUAAACCAGACCCACUUAGGCACACUUAUGACUUAUGAGGUGUUGUGUUUGCUGAAUUUACAUUAUUCCGUCUGGUUCUUCCCACUGGUCUACCAAAUGCUAGAGUGACUAUUUCUUUUCCUCUUGGUGUUGCCAGAACUGUUGGGCGUGAUGACACAGACAUAGAACGCACAUUAGUUCUACUUAAUGGAGAGCUGUUAUAUCUGCUGCAGUCAGAGGCUUUGAAUUUGGACCCAACGAUCUUGAUCUUUGAGCGUCUUUAUUUUUUGAAAGUAGUAGUUGAAGUAGCAGUACUGAUUCUUUGAAAAUAGUAGUAGUUGAAGUAGUUAUACUGAUUCUUGAAGGGAGUUGUAGAAUGGUAUGGUGUUUUGCGUGAUCCGGGUAGCUUCGUGUGAUUUUGGUUUUCAUGUCGUUUUCUUGCAAAUUUUAUUGGUUUUUCAGUAUUUUUUUAUUUUCUUUUCCGAAAGCUGCUUAAAACACGUGUGUCAAUACUAUCUUAUGAAAAACAUUGUUAUAAACAAAGAGUUUAAAAACCUAAAAACUCUCUCUCCCAACCCGAGCGCCGCCUUAGCUUCAUCUUCUAGAUCUGAGGUCUUCUUCGGCCGGCGCUCCUCGCCGUGUUGUGAGUGGACCUCCCUGCUCUCUCUUUUCUAGUAAUCGUUCUUUUGUAGUCAUCUGAGUUUCGACUGUGGUGGCUGGUGAUGGAGGUUUAUCCGACGAUGGUGGUGCUUUGGGUAUUAGAGCGGUGGCUGGACGAUGGUUCGUCUUCGGUGAGGUCGGCUUCUGUGUCAUGGCGUGCUCUUUCCGCCUGUGAGUGAUGGGGAAGCUGAAUGUAGAUCCGAAUGGGAUUGAGUUUGGAUCGAUGUUGUCGGAUGGCCUCUGUCUCUCGCUUAUCACAGGUUGUGGCUUGGUUUGUAGUAUUUUUAUCUCUUGCAGUCAAGAUGAGUGUGUUGAUUGCUUGGUUUCUGGUCUCUUAAGUUUUGUGAAUCAAGAUUAACCUGAUUGUGCGAUGGGUUUCUCUUCGGUUUUAUGCUCUGUUGAGGUUUCCAGUGAAGUAGCUUUGGUUCUAAUGGUGUUCUCUGUUUGGUUUGGACUGCCCUAGUUAAACCUUAUCUUUUUUCUGGUUUGCGGUGGAAGUACUUAGCCGGUUCAGAUGUGGGGUCUUCAUUGUUUGGGUUUGGUUUGGCAGUCUUUCAAGCAAGGCAUCAGAGGUGUCAUAGCUCUUCAUUCCAAUCGCAACACCUCAUCUUUAGUUAUUGGUUGAUUCAUAUGAAUUCUUGUCAGCCUUGUUCGAGUGUAAGUUUCUGUGGAAUGGCUUCAGGUUUAGUUUAUAUUCAGAGUUCUCUUCCGGAUCCCCUUGAAGAUCUAUCUGGGUUUAACUGUGCUACAAUAUGGAUGAACUGAUGUAAGUUCCGGCUGGUUUCUGCGUGAACUUUGAGGAUCCUCCACAUUUAUGCUUUAGCUCUUUGGAUAGAAGUUUAUUUUAGGUCAUCUACAUGUUUCUCCGAAGUUUCUCCGACCUGUUCCUAUCCUUUUGGGAGAUCGAUGUGCUCUGCUCUUUGGACUGCUCGAGGCUAUUUUCUUUCUUACAUCUUGGCUUUUGGCUGAUCUUAGAAUUUGUUGUCAUCCUUUAUUUGUAAUUGUCUAUUAGUUAUCUUUAUGGCUCUGGAAAGAUUUCGAUCUUUGCCGGCUUCUGGCUCUGGAAGGAAAGUGUUCCUUGCCGGCUUAUGUGUAUUCGACUGCAUUUUACCCGUUUUAAUAUUAA